GCACUUUUAUAUAUGUUUUUUUAUAGUUUUGCUAGCCUCUUAGAUCCGUUUUUUGUCUCUUUCAAACAAACAAUGGCUUUUCCUCGCUUUGAGAUACUUGUGAUCUGUGUCUUGUCUCUCUUCUUUGUUCUUGCCCACUCCAAGACGUUGAAGCGUGAUGUGAAAGCUUUGAAUGAAAUCAAAGCUUCUUUAGGAUGGAGAGUGGUGUAUUCAUGGGUCGGUGAUGAUCCUUGUGGAGAUGGAGACCUUCCUCCUUGGUCUGGUGUCACCUGUUCUACACAAGGUGACUAUAGGGUUGUCACAGAACUAGAAGUUUACGCGGUUUCUAUUGUGGGACCGUUCCCCAUUGCAGUAACAAACCUUUUGGAUUUGACCAGACUGGAUCUACAUAACAACAAGCUGACUGGUCCAAUCCCUCCACAGGUUGGGAGACUGAAAAGGCUCAAAGUACUGAACCUGAGGUGGAAUAAACUACAAGAUGUGAUUCCCCCUGAGAUUGGGGAGCUGAAGAGGCUAACACAUUUGUACUUGAGCUUCAAUAGCUUCAAAGGAGAGAUUCCAAAGGAGUUAGCUGCUCUACCCGAGCUUCGGUAUCUAUAUCUUCAAGAAAACCGUCUCAUUGGUAGAAUACCUGCUGAGCUAGGGACACUUCAAAACCUCCGCCACCUAGACGUUGGUAACAAUCAUUUGGUGGGAACUAUACGGGAGCUCAUUCGUUUUGAUGGUAGCUUCCCAUCUCUUCGCAACCUGUACUUGAAUAAUAACUAUUUGAGUGGAGGAGUCCCUGCUCAGCUUUCUAAUCUUUCCAGCUUAGAGAUUGUGUACUUGUCUUACAACAAGCUUAUUGGAAACAUUCCUUUUGCCAUUUCUCAU